AUGGCCAUUAAGGAGAAGAAGAUCUUCAUGGUGCAGGGCCCCUACCCCAUCAUCCGCCGGCUGCUGCGAGCCCGGGGCUGGGUGGAGAGGAAGGCACCCAGCGCGGGCAGACAGCUGGAGCAGCACUGCGGUGACCAAAACAGGCAGCGGCUGCAGACAGCGCCAAGCAGUGGUGGUGCUAGGCAGAGGGAGGUGCUGCUGAACCCACGUGGUGGGGCACAGCCUGUUCUGGGGCCCACAGACCCCCUGCACUACCCAUGGCUACCUGCCGAGGAGGAAGAGCAGUGUGAUGAGGACCCACUUGGCAUCCACCAGCUCAUGUCCUACCUGGCACGGGACCAGUUGCCAAACUUCAUCUGGACCAACUUCCUUGAGACCGUUGACCGGCAGCUGCUGCGGGAUGACAGCGUGCUGAACCACUAUGCCCGGGUGGAUGCAUUCACCACCAAGGAAGGGCUGUGCCUCAGCCUACAAAACCUGCCGUGGAUUGAGCAAGCUGACCCCAAUGCCUUCUUCCCCCGGUGCUACCGCCUGGGGACCAGAGAUGAUCGAGAAGCUUUCAUUGAGGAUUUCCGCCUGACAGCAGCACGCAGCCUGCUCAAACUGGCCCUGGAGGAGGCUGGGGACAGGCCAGUGAGGACAGGGCAGGUCCCAAACUCUGACAAUGGGGAAGCACAGCCAGGCUCCCCCCUGUACCCUGAGCUGGUGGAGGAAGCCCUGGAGGUCUGUAAGCAGCACCUGGGCGUUCUGCAGCACGAGGACAUCGACAGGAACACCCCGUCCCCCUGCAGGACCUGCAUCGACUGGGACAACUUCCUGCAGCAAUACUACCGUGUGGCACAUGAGGGGGCAGGGCUGGUGCUGACCAGGCAGCAGAGGAAGCAGUGCCAGAACCUGCUGCAGAGCCUUGCAGAGAAGCUGCCCCAGCUUGACAUGGAGGGCAAGCUCAACAUCUGGAUCCUCAAGCCUGGUGCUGAAUCCCAAGGCAGGGGCAUCAUCUGCAUGACGCGGCUGGAGGAGAUGCUGCAGCUGGCAUGGAGCUGCACAGCACCCUCGGUGCAGGUGGGCAGAUGGGUGGUGCAGAAGUACGUGGAGCGGCUGAUGACCAUUUUCGGCACCAAAUUCGACAUCCGGCAAUGGUUUGUUGUGACUGACUGGAAGCCACUGACCGUCUGGUUCUACCAAGACUGCUACCUGCGCUUCUGCUCCCGGCCCUUCUCCCUGCAUCACCUGGAGCGUGCCAGGCACCUCUGCAACGUCUCCGUCCAGAAGUGGUACAAGACGUCACCAGACCAGGACCCCCGUGUGCCCCCCGACAAGAUCUGGUCAAACAAGCAGUUCCAGGAAUACCUGGCACAGGUGGGGCAGGCGGAUGCUUGGCACGAGGUGCUGGUACCCGGCAUGAAGGCGGCGAUCCUGAACGCUCUGCGCAGUGCCCGGGACCGGGUGCGCUUCCGCAAGGGCAACUUCGAGCUCUAUGGGGCCGACUUUGUUGUUGGGGAGAACCUCCAGCCCUGGCUGCUGGAGAUCAACUCCUGCCCCACCAUGAGCCCCUCCUCGGCAGUGACCCGACAGCUCUGUGCCAAUGUCCAGCGGGACACGCUGUGCCUCGUGCUGGACCGCAAGGACAACCCCACCUGCUCCAUUGGAGCGUUUGAGCUCAUCUACAAGGAGGCAGCUGUGCCCAAGCUUCUGUCAGGACGUGUGAAGCUGCUGGUCAAAGGCUGUUCCCUGAAGAGCCUCCAGACAGCACAAGAGCAAGCCCAGGACCAGCCCCCUCCCAUGGCCAAUACCCUCCAUGACCCUGUGUCCUCAAGGGCCAGAGACGCUUAUGUCUCCAAGCGAGCACAGCGUCAUUUCUCCACCACGGCGCCCAGUGCCCGCAAGCUCCCUGUGUCCCCGAGGGCCAGAGCCACCCAUGCACGCAAGCGAGCGCAGCGUCAUUUCUCCACCUCUGUGUCCAGUGCCCGCAAACUCUCCCUGUCCCCAGGGGCCAGAACCAUCCAGGUGUCCCGGAGAGCACGGCAUCGAUCUCCUACCAUGGUGCCCAGUGCCCCCAAGCUCUCCCUGUCCCCAGGGGGCAGAACCACCCAGGUGCCCCGGAGAGCGCGCCAUCGAUCUCCCACCACGGUGCCCAGCGCCUACAAGAGCUCUGUGUCCCCAGGGGGCAGAACCACCCAGGGGACCCAGCCCAGAGCAGCAACAAAGAAGUUGCCUCCUCUGGAGCAACAGAGCCACUGCCCUUCCAGCAGCUCUGACCCCCCAGCACCACCAAAGCCUCGGGCCACCCCUGCUGCGAGCCAGGGGCUGCCACGGCUCGGUCACCUGCCUGAGCAGCCCCGGAUCGGUGGCUGUCCCCUGGACUGGGUGCCGAUGCCACCACCCCGGGGAACCCCCAGAAACCCCUGGCUAACCCAAGGUUCUGCACACUUCUUCCCUCCUGCCAAGCCCUCGCAACAACCUCAGUCUGCACAGAGCACCGGGACCCCGUGCCUGGAGCAGAAGAACACAGCAGCUCCCAAUGGGAUGCAGAAGACUUGGGACACUGAGACAGCCCCAGGAGUGGACAGCACCCUGCCUGUCCUUGCUGAGCCAACACCGGCUGCCUCUGAUCCCAAAGAGAUCCCACUGCUGUGUCGUGGUACCCAGCUCCUCCCACGCUUUAAAAUGAUUCUGUGAUAAGGA